AUGGACGUGCCUCUUGUUGACUUUGAGAACAUGGACAUCGGUAUCAACCUCGGUGACCCCAGUGACUCCGGUUACCCGACUACACCCACCUCCGAGGCCCCCGAUCAGAAUCUGUUGACCCAACGUGUGACCUCUCCGCACCCGUCGCCACACAGAGGACGACGCAGGUAUCCAACCGGUCCAGAGGGGCUGUCGCCGUCCUCCCCACCGACCGUCACCACGAAAGCGAACUCCAGCAGCGGCAGCCUGAUCUCUCAUCUCAAGCUCCUCAUCAACAGCGAGUCUCCCUGCGGCAGCGUCUUCAGUAAGAUGCCGAAGGAUUGCUACGAGAGCGAAGACCUGUUUGAGAGGCACUGCGUGGAAGAAAGAGAUGAGAAAGUUGUCAUCAAUAUUUCAGGGCUGAUGUUUGAGACCCAGCUCAGCACCUUGAACAAGUUUCCAGACACCGUGCUUGGGAACCCAAUGAAGCGGAUCAAUUUCUUCGACCCGCUGAAAAACGAAUACUUCUUUGACAGAAACCGUCCGUCGUUCGAUGGGAUCCUGUACUUCUACCAGUCCGGCGGCAGAAUCCGCAGACCGGCCAACGUCCCCUUAGACGUUUUUGCGGCCGAAAUUGUUUUUUACGAGUUGGGCCACGAAGCCAUGGAGCAGUUCCGUGAGGACGAGGGGUUUGUCAAAGAGCCAGAAGUCCUCUUGCCUGAGAACGAACUCCAGCGACAGUUCUGGCUCCUGUUUGAAUACCCGGAGAGCUCCAGUGCAGCCAGAUCUGUGGCCCUGGUUUCGGUGUUCGUCAUCGUCAUCUCCAUCUUCAUCUUCUGCCUGGAGACUCUGCCGGAGUUCAGGGACGACCACAACGUUAUCCAGAGUUUAACCCAACUUAUCAACGGCUCCAGAGACAGUUCGGCUCCUCGUCCCGCCGCUAAAGACAUCAUGGCUUAUAUCACGGACCCCUUCUUCAUAGUGGAGACUAUUUGCAUCAUUUGGUUCUGCUUUGAAGCCGGUGUCCGCUUUGUGGUCUGCCCAAGCAAGAGUGAUUUCUUCAAUAACCUCAUGAAUAUCAUUGACUUAGUCUCUAUAGUUCCCUACUUCGUCACCCUGGGUACGGAGCUGGCUACGACCCCUGACGACGAUAUGAACUCCGGUCAGAACAUGUCGCUGGCGAUCCUACGAAUCAUACGACUGGUGAGAGUCUUCCGAAUUUUUAAGCUCUCACGACACUCGAAAGGCCUUCAGAUCCUGGGUCAGACAUUGAAAGCCAGUAUGAGGGAACUGGGGCUGCUCAUUUUCUUCCUGUUCAUAGGAGUCAUCCUGUUCUCAAGUGCAAUCUACUUUGCAGAAGUGGAUGAGCCCCACACACAGUUUGUGAGCAUCCCCGACGGCUUCUGGUGGGCCGUGGUGACCAUGACCACGGUGGGAUACGGAGACAUGUGCCCCAUCACCAUUGGAGGCAAAAUGGUCGGCACUCUCUGCGCCAUUAGCGGUGUCCUGACCAUCGCAUUGCCCGUUCCCGUCAUCGUCUCCAACUUUAACUAUUUCUACCACCGGGAGACCGAGCAGGAGGAGAAGCAAAUGAUCGACGCGGCAACGGAGGCUGCCCAGAAAAUGUCACCGUUUAAAUUCGGAAGCACGCCUUCACUGAACAAAAGUAAUGGCACGUUUCAGAAUGAGAAGAACGGCAUGCACUGA